UCAAAUAAAAAAGAAAAGAAAAGAAGUUGAAGUGAUCCAGCAGUCCCUGAUGUCCAUUGGGCAGGGAGUGGACAACUUACAUAAAGCUGGGAAGAAAAUAGGCUUCCAUCGAAAAGGCCUGGCAACCGAUGGUCUGGAGAAAGAGGAGGCAGGUCCUCCUCUGUGUGGUGAAGCUGCCUCAACAGCAGGUGGAUCCUCACCACCACCGCCUCCACCACAGCCUCGUGUUCCCGGGUCACCACCGUCUGUUGGCUGUCCCUCACAGGACAGCGGCAGCUCAGUGGAGGCAGCAGAGCCUGGGACGUCUCCACUGGCACCAAACCUGAGUGAGGCCUGCAGCAGCUGGUUAGCUGAGGAUUCAUCUCAGGAUGCCCUGGAAGUGCUGUUCACCACUAACCUUGAGUGGGAGGUCGACAGCCUACCAGAUUUCUCCUGGCUAGUGUAAGAUUGUGUCCUCCUUGUAUAUAUGUAUAUAUUUGUUUAUAAUGUUUUACAUUUUAUUUGUAUCU